GGUAUUUAGGGACAAAUUGGAUCCAUAUCUCUUGAAUGUAAGGUGUGACCUGGAUUCAGCCGCCAGGCGUCGGUACAAGAGAUACCUCGUGAUCGACCAAGGUUUGGAUGGCUAUGUUGAACUGGAAGUGGUAUGUGCAGAGACCCCGUGGUGCUCUGCCUGUAGAUGACACUUCCAUUCAAAAGGGGAUGAAUUUUGCCAAUCGAACAAAAAGAGUUAAGGGAAAGGGAGGGAAAGAGGCGGCAAAGAAGGCCGGCCAGGGGGGAAGAGGCGAGAAAGGAGGGAACAUGAAGGAUGGUGGGAAGGAUGGAGGAAAACAGCAGAAGGAGGGAGGGGACAAAGACAGGCAGGAGAUAGACAAGAGGGAAGAGAAAGGUGGUAGAAAGGGGAAAACUGGUAUGGAUGCCGCAUAUGUUGAUAAGCAGAAAGGAGAAAAAAAGUCAAAUACGGGGAAACCAGAAAUGGACAAGGAGAAGGGUAAGAAAGUGGUGGAUCCAAGGGUGGAGAAGGGUGGGAAGGGGAUGCGUAAUAUAGCUAAGGGUUUAGGGAAAUCCCUGGUCGUCCUCUCUGAUAAGAUGGAUGAGGAUCGACUCACCCCUGGACGGGAAAAACGUAAACGUGAGGAUGACAACGAGGCCAUGGAGGAUCAACCGGAACACAAAUUUAUUGUAAAAGACCGCUUUUUAGGUCUCGAUAACGAUGGUGGGGUAUAUUAGGCCGCCUCUUUUAGGCCGUCCCCCGGUAGUGGCUAUGAGAACUAUCUACAGAUUGAUAUGUUGAUUGCUUAGGGAUAAAUGCCCUGGCCUAGA